GUCAUCGGUCGCCCGUUUAACAUCGUCCAGCUAUAGAAUGUAUCUUAAAAACUGUGCCGUCAUCUCGCUCGUCCUAAUUUUUUUAUUAUUUGUUCAUUCAGUGAACAGUUUUAGUUGUUAUACCUGCUCAUCAUCCAAAAAUAGCGAGUGCUUGACCAAUCCGGUUCAGGACAAAUUUAUAACCGAGUGUAAUCCGAAAAAUGAGCUAGUAAAUAAUGGUGAGAUGACCAUAGGCAAACUAAACUUCACCGACGAGGGGAUUGUGGUAGAUAAUAACACGGUAUUACAUAUGGAUAUUGCCAAAAUCAAGUGGCGGUGCAUCAAAAUGGUCUCGAUCGUCCGGAAUGGGGGGAUGAUGAUCGGUCGGACGUGCUUGCCGCGGAUAUUACACUGUGCAUCCACCCGGACUACUCGCUGUUAUAGCUGCAAAAAGGAAUUGUGCAACUCCGCCGAGAGCCCGGCCCUCGCCCUGGAAAUGUUGGCCGUACUCGGCGUCGUUGGCGUCUACUCGACCAUGUGAAAGAAGAUCUAAUACUCAAAGAAAAAAAUUAGAAACGCUGCGAGAGUUUCAGAUGGACCUCCAGUCAACCGAAAGAUUACAAUGAAUUUCCUAACAUUUGUAGGCAGAACCCGAAUUGUCUAGGCCAAGACGGUAUAACCUGGUCCAUUUUAGGAAUUUUUGAAAAAACUGAAAUAUAAGGCAUCAUUGAAUAAUUUUUCAUAUUAAUUUUAUUGUUUAAUGAAAAAAAACCUUUACAAGGCCACCUAUUUUAAUAAGGUUACA